AUGACUUUGCAGGCAUUUUCGCCGUCAUGGCUCGGUGCCGCUCUGGCGCUCCUGUCUAUCUUCUCUUUACUUGUCCCUGCUAAUGCCCUGUAUUUCUACGUGGAUGGCCGACAAACGAAGUGCUUCUUCGAGGAUCUCCCGAAAGACACACUGGUAGCUGGCAAGUUCUCCGCUGAGGUGAUCAACCCCAACACCAACACAUAUACUACCGAUCACAACCUGCGCAUUCAAAUCACCGUGGACGAGACCUUCGACAAUGACCACCGGGUUGUAAACAAGCGGGAGAACCACGCUGGUCGCUUCACCUUCUCCGCUGCUGAUGCCGGCCAACACCGUAUCUGUUUCACUGCCGAGACCGAUCUUACCACUUCGGGUUGGAUGUCCAGCGGCCAGGGCGCUGUUCGUUUCACCUUGGACAUGGCCAUUGGUGAGACAAGCAAGAUUGAGACCGAGGACAAGGACAAGAUGAAGGAUAUUGUUCAGCGUGUUCGUGAUCUGAACAGCCGUCUACAUGAUAUCCGUCGCGAGCAGGUCUAUCAACGAGAGCGUGAGGCCGAGUUCCGUGAUCAAUCCGAGACCACCAACUCCCGUGUCGUUCGCUGGGCCUUGAUUCAAGUCGCGGUUUUGUCUGCGGCUUGUGCUUGGCAAUUGUCCCAUCUGCGCUCAUUCUUCAUCAAGCAGAAAUUGACCUAG